CUGUCUGCCCCAAAUAGCUUUCGAUCUAAAUGUGGCCCAAGGAAGAAGAAAUGGGAAAGCAAUGCUAACCUGGGAGUAAUAUGAGCAAAAGAUGGCUAGGAGUGACGUCUCCUCCGGCGUCCGAGAGAAUAAAAAACUUCAGAGGGAGGAAUGUGCGGCUUCAUAAAGAGCAAACCGCAAAAGCGGAGGCAAGGCUUUCAGGUCAACAGUUUUCCCCCUGGCUUAGAAUAAAAACCCCGAAGAGCUUUAAAAGGUGGAUGGUCACUUACUCCGCACAUCCUCAGGAUCUCAGAAUGACUGCUACUCCAAGUUUGAUUUUUCUACUCAGCCUCUGCUGUUAUGCAUCCAGCCAGAUGCCCGGCGGAAGAGGAGGAGACUUUUCACCCCAAAUGUUGUCAGAGAUGAGAGAGACAAACCAGGUGCUGAGAGAAAUCACAGAAUUGCUGAAACAGCAGAUCAAGGAGAUCACCUUCUUGAAGAACACAGUCAUGGAAUGUGAUGCUUGUGCUGUGAUCUCCAUUUAUGACUCCCUUUCUUUCCAGUGUAUUGUUGGUUGGGCUGGAAAUGGCUACGUUUGUGGACGGGACACAGACAUUGACGGUUUUCCGGACGAAAAGCUUCGCUGCACUGACAAGAAGUGUCGCAAGGACAACUGCGUCAGCGUUCCCAACUCCGGGCAAGAAGAUGUGGACAGGGACGGUAUCGGCGAUGCCUGUGAUGAUGACGCGGAUGGGGAUGGGAUAACAAACACUGAGGACAAUUGUGUAUUUGUACGAAACACAGACCAGUGAAACAGUGACCAGGACACCUUUGGAGAUGCCUGCGACAACUGCUGCAAUGUAAAGAACAAUGACCAGAAAGACAGCGAUGGAGAUGGACAGGGAGACCUCUGUGAUGAUGACAUGGAUGGAGACAAGGUUAAAAAUGUGAUGGACAACUGCAUGAGGAUACCCAACCCAGACCAGAGGGACAGUGAUGGAGAUGGCGUGGGAGAUGUCUGUGACAGCUGCCCAUUGAUCAGUAACCCAGACCAGAAAGACACUGACCACGAUCUUGUUGGCGACCCCUGUGACACCAACCAAGACCGGGAUGGAGAUGGCCAUCAGGACUCCAGGGACAAUUGCCCAUCUGUGCCCAACAGCUCUCAGCUGGAUUCUGACCGGGACGGAAUUGGUGAUGAAUGUGACGAUGACGAUGACAAUGAUGGCAUCCCAGAUCGGAGGCCCCCAGGCCCUGACAAUUGCCGCUUGGUCCCCAAUCCUGGGCAACAGGACUCAAACAGAGAUGGCAUUGGAGAUGCUUGCGAAGACGACUUCGACAGGGACCAGGUGAUCGACCGUAUUGACGUGUGUCCCGAAAACGCCGAGGUGACACUGACUGAUUUCCGGGCUUUCCAGACAGUUGUGUUAGAUCCUGAGGGUGAUGCACAAAUUGACCCCAACUGGAUCGUCCUCAACCAGGGUAUGGAGAUUGUUCAAACUAUGAACAGUGACCCAGGUUUGGCUGUCGGUUACACCGCAUUCAAUGGCGUGGACUUUGAGGGCACUUUCCACGUGAACACGGCCACAGACGACGAUUACGCCGGGUUCAUCUUCGGCUACCAGGACAGCUCUAGCUUCUAUGUGGUUAUGUGGAAGCAGAUGGAGCAAACGUAUUGGCAAGCGAACCCCUUCCGAGCUGUUGCUGAACCUGGGAUUCAGCUGAAGGCGGUGAAAUCAAAGACUGGGCCUGGGGAAUAUCUGAGGAACUCUCUCUGGCACACUGGGGACACUCCAGACCAAGUGGAGCUGCUGUGGAAAGACCCCUGAAAUGUUGGCUGGAAAGACAAAACCUCUUACCGCUGGUUCUUACAGCACCGGCCCCAAGUGGGCUACGUCCGAGCUCGUUUCUAUGAAGGCCCUGAGUUGGUGGCAGACACAGGAGUUGUGCUUGACACAACAAUGCGAGGAGGCCGCCUGGGUGUUUUCUGCUUCUCGCAGGAGAACAUCAUCUGGUCCAACCUACGAUAUCGUUGCAACGAUACAAUCCCUGAAGACUACGAAUCUUACCGGAACCAGCAAGACUACUAAACACCACUGCCUCACCUGGACGGAUUUACCUGAGACUCACUAUGCCUGCGUGCACUGCUUGUAUUUUUUUAAAACAACAACAACAACAACACAAUCUAUAUUGUGAAGUGUCCCAGAAUGCUUUGCAAAUGCCUGGCCCUUGCACAUCACUUCCCUCUUACACUCUCUCAGAAGUCUCCAUGGAGUGGCUGGCUGCAAGUGGGGCCUUGUUUAAGAUCACAUCUAAGUCAUGUUGAAGAGCAGCUAAUCCCAGGUUGAUUCCAGAACAGAAAGAUGCUAUUCAGCUCUUUGUUGCUUUACUUCCCAGAUUUCCCCAAGUGAGCAAAGGGAACCAAGAUGAGGGCAGAAAAUUGGAUGUUGGUGCCGAGAUCCCUCGUAAACCUCAAUACCUUGGAUGUUCUGAGGCCACAAUUAAAAUGUAGUGUAGAAGGGCCUUGCCAUUAUGCCAAAAUAUGGGGAUGGUCUCUCCUUUGGCUUCUCCUGAGGCCCCCCCUUAAAUCCCUUGGGUGCAGCUCUUACCAGUUUGAGUUUGGGCACAAAGCAGAAACUUGUUCAGAGGCACUGGGAGCAAGGGAACAUUCCCUCCAGGAGUGGGCCUUCUCUGCUCUUGGAAUAAACCUUUUUGUGAAC